GGAGGUGAUGCUGGACCGUGUCAACUAACCUCACCGCUGUAACGUUAAACGUCGGAAAAUACCCGCGUAUAGAUAUGAUUAUUCAGGAGAGAUAAUGAACAGUCGCGUCGUUUCAAGCAACAAAAGACGACAGCAAGUAAGAAGCUGCUAUCUACCUGCCGGUAGCUUGCAAGUGUUAGCUAGGUUAGCUAGCUAGCUAGCCUGGUCAACACCGCCGGACUGUGGAUGGUCACGCUGCUAACGCUCAGCCAGUUGGAUGUUCUCGGUUAUGAUACCACCAGCUGAAUGUCGAUAGAGUUGAUGUGUCAGUCGCAUUAAGUAGUUUUAUCCACAAAUGUCUCUUUUAUGCCUUUCCUUUAACGCUAGUGAUUAGGAGUAGGUUAGAGGUGACUAGCCGCGUUAGCUAACGCUAGCUAGUCGGGCUGAGAGCCGAGACGAUGGACACCGUUCGUGUGUGUGUCUGUGUGUUCUCACUGGGAGCGGGGAUCUUGCAGCUUUCUGAAGGUGCACCUCUUCUGAAUCAACAAACAGCAGGAGAGUCUGCAGGAGAGGUGCAUUUUUCUCUGAACCUCCUGCUGCUGCUGUCUCUGUCUAUGCUGGUGGCCCUUGUAGUGUUGCUGCUCAACUGUGUGAACUGCUGCAAAGAACGAGAGAUCAACUUCAAGGAGUUUGAGGACAAUUUUGAGGAUGAGAUUGACUUCACCCCUCCAGCGGAGGACACCCCCUCCAUGCAGUCUCCUGCUGAAGUGUACACCCUAGCUGUACCACCUGUGCCCCUUCCUGGACCUCCACACCUCCAGCUGUCCCGGAUAGCAGAAGUCUCGACAGGCCCACAUGUGGCACGCCACACACUCAGUUACAUUCAGGAGAUUGGGAAUGGCUGGUUUGGCAAGGUUUUGCUUAGUGAGAUCUACUCAGACCCUGGUGCAGCCAGAGUGGUGGUGAAAGAGCUGAAGGCCAAUGCCAACUCUAAAGAGCAGAAUGACUUCCUUCAGCAGGGUGACCCAUACAGGGUUCUUCAGCACCCAAAUAUACUGCAGUGUCUUGGUCAGUGCGUUGAAGCCAUUCCUUUCCUGCUGGUGUUUGAGUACUGUGAACUGGGGGACCUGAGGAGCUACGCAGCUCAGCAUGACUGGCUGUAUAGGAACGGAGAGCUGCUGCAGCUUCAGAAGAUGGCAUGUGAGAUCGCUGCUGGGGUUACUCACCUGCACAAGCACAACUUCCUGCACAGUGAUUUGGCAUUGAGGAACUGUUACCUUACAACAGACCUGACUGUCAAAAUAGGAGACUAUGGCAUUGGCUCCUCGAGAUUUAAAGAGGAUUACAUCACUACGGAGGAGGAUCAGUGUGUAGCUUUGCGCUGGCUUGCCCCGGAGCUGGUUGGUGAGCUGCAUGGAGGUGUGAUAACAUCAGAACAAACUAAACCCAGCAAUGUUUGGGCGUUGGGUGUGACCUUGUGGGAGCUGUUUGAAAGAGGCAAGCAACCUUAUACUCACCUGUCCGAUAGAGAGGUAUUGCACCAUGUCAUCAGAGAUCAACAAAUCAAACUUCUCAAGCCUCAGCUGGAUCUACCUUACUCAGAAAGAUGGUAUGAAGUAUUGCAAUUUUGCUGGCUGCCGUCGGACAAAAGGGCCACAGCUGAGGAAGUUCACCGCCUGCUUACAUAUCUUCGCAUGCAGGGCCAAAAAGAAAUUGAAGAUGACUUUGAGCAGCGUUGGAGCUCUCUCAAACCAAAUCCCUCCACCCGGCAGGCCACCAUCAGCCAUUCCUCUUUUCCUAUCCUAGAGCAGUUUGAUGAUGGACGAGAACCGGAUGAGAUGCUCACUGUGACUGAGACAAGUCGUGGACUCAGCUUUGAAUAUGUAUGGGAAGCAGCCAAGCAUGACCACUAUGAUGGCCACAAUCGCUCUUCCAUGGACACCACGCUGAAUUACCACAGCAUGUUUUUUCCGGUGCCACGGCAGGACAUUCAGGCCCACUUCCCUGAGGCUGGGGUUAAAGUCCCGGGGACAUUGCCAGUGUUUGAUGCUCGAGAGGCUACCUCUGGAAAUGAGUAUUACAUUCAGUUGGAGGAGCAGAACCAAAGUGACAUAGGAGUCAUAGACAGCCAAGGUGCUGAGGAAGCCACUGCAUCAAACAAGGAUCAGUAUGUUGUUUUACAGGACAUUCGAUUAGACGAAUCUAGCACAGAUGCAGAUUUCUUUCAUCAGAGCAUAGAUUCUAAAGACUCUUUUCUUCAGGACAGCCAUAUAUGGUCGUCAAGUGAUCAUGAGAGUCCUUGUCAUGCAAACAUUUUCAGUGAGAACGAUUCAAAACUGGAAGACUCUCAUUCUUUUAGAAGUGGCUUCAUGGAACUUCCAGAAAUGAAUUUGCAAAUGAGUGGUUCGUUCCACAGUGACACAAAGGAUACAGUGGAGAAUGAAGGUCUGAGCACUACUUUUUUAGGAAUUGAACAAGAAACUGUUCAUCUAGGAGACUUUGAUUCAGAUAAUACAGAUGUGAUGACGUUUCUUAAUACAGAGAAACUGGCUGACAAUUUCUUGUUCCUUAAAGAAAACAGCUUAAUGAAGGAGAGCCCUAGUUUGCCAGAGGCAAGAAACAUUCAGGAGACAGAUUUAUCAGUGAGCUCUUUCGAUGAUGUAGUUGCCCCAGAUAGACUGAACAUCACUGGUAACUCCUCAAAAUCUGUAAUAAGUUCUGCACAGCUAAGGGAUGAAUUCUUGGACUUGGUGAGUCCUAUUUUAGGAGAUUUCUUAUCACCUUUAAAAGGAAGUGAAACACUGGUGCCUUCGGAAAUAUUCUCAACAGAAGAAACCUGUAGCAACCAGCUGCCAGACAAAAAUGUCUCUUCCACUGAAGAAAAUGCUCAGUUAGAUUCCUCAAUAGGUUGGGUUUAUUCUGCUUCUGAGUCUACCUCUGAGAGCGCCGAGGUCGCUAUUGUGAAUCCAGCCUACAGUCAUGAGCUCAUUGUCGAAAGUGCCACAGUAGAAAUUUUGUGCAUAGAUGCCAAAACCCCCAGCCUUGAAGAAAGCCCCAGACCCCCUAAGGAGAAUUGGCAGUACACAGGAAUUGCUGAAUCUUCUGAGCAGAAAACCCAGACUUCUUUCCCUGUAGAAAUAUUUACAGAAGUAGAUAGUAGCCUAACUGAAGACUUAACAAGGAGUGACUCCUUGAGCGAUAUGCUUUUUAAUGGGAAUCAGAAUAGGACUGUUGAAGAUGCAGAGUUACCAGAGGCUAUGGUUCAGAAAGAGUCCUUUUUGGGCAACCAUGUAUCUCAGGAUAUGUCUUCACUGUUGAUCUCGGACUCUUGUUUGGAUCAUAUCAGUCAGGAUAGCCUUCUAGAGGACAGCAUCUCAUCCCCUUUACCAACUGUUGAGAAUUCAGCUGAGACACCUGAUUCAUUAGAUUCUCUAGACAUACAUAGAGAAGUGGGACAAAUAGAGUCACUGGACACUCCUGUCGUUCAUAAGCUUCAGCCACCAUACAAAACUGCUGAUAGCGGUUAUGAAACAGAGAACCUUGAGUCACCUGAGUGGAAUUCUCAACUAAGCAUGAAAGAUGUCUCAGAGGAGGAGGACAGAAGUACUGCAGAAGAACCUGCUGUGACAAUGCUGGCUCCCCCAGAAAUUGUUGUGUCUGAAGUGGAUAGUGUACCUGAUGUUCAGGAAAAUGGAGACCAAGAAAUUGGUGAUGCACCUAUUGGGGGAAACUACAGAGAUUCUGCUUACUUCUCCGACAAUGAAGAAACGGAUAAGAAGAAUGAUGACAUCAAUGGUGGAACUGCAGAUGUAUCUGCUUGGCCUGUGAGCGCUCCCGCAAAUGAUGAGAAUGGAUCAAUAGCAGGGAUUAAAAAUCUCACUGAUGCUAAAGAGGAAUUGGCAGCAGCUAAGGCUGGUGGCCACCAAGAACAUUUUGGUCCUGCCAUUCAAUCAUCUGAUACUGAUGUGUCUUACCUGCCUGAGCUAGUCUUCACUACAGAGGAGGACUUGGAUAAAGAAAAGCCAGUCUCUAUUGGUGAAAGGUUAGAGACAUUGUCUGAUCUCUUAGUAGAUCAAACUAACUCCAGUUUGAUCCCUGAAGCUCCCGAAGAAACAUCCCCUACCUCAAUAAAGCCUUCGACAGAGAGUGUGGUCCAUGCAAAGCUAGCAAGGACUUAUUCUGCGGAAGGCCCAAAGAAAAAGGAGCCUGACAUGGAAGGUAGAUAUCUUGGCAAGCUUGAUGGAGCUGCUGUGGCAGGUGGAUCAGAGGAUGGCAUGGAAGCUGAUGAGGAGGAUGAGAACAGUGAUGACUCGGACGAUGACAUGCGUGCUUACAGACUGCAUAGCUCAGGAUCUGAAAGUGAGGAUGAUGUCGUUCAUCCGGUACCUGUUAUUGUGUCUGAUAACAGUGAUGCCUGCAACCUGAAAAGCUUGCUGAAACCUCAGUCGCUCCAGACUACCAGACCCACAACUUCAGGGGACAGUAAUGGAGACAACAAGAGAACAGUGUCCUUCUUUGAUGAUGUGACUGUUUACCUCUUUGAUCAGGAAACCCCUACGAAGGAACUUGGAGAUCACACAUUAGGCCCCAACAACCAAGCAUCUGAGUUUAGCAGCCCGCCAGCCUCUUCCAGCUACUUGAACAGGUUUACCAACUCGGAAAGCUCCACAGAUGAAGAAGGUGGAGCAUUUGAGUGGGAUGACGACUUCUCCGCAGAGCCAUCUUUCCUCUCCAAAGCAGGUAGUGACCGCUCUGCAAGCAGAGCCACAGCGGCUUCCAAGUACUUCUCCCCACCCCCCGCAAACCGCUCCUCAGAGCAGAGCUGGACCAGCCCCUCCUCCACAUACUCCCGCUUCUCCAUCUCGCCAGCAAGCAUUGCCAGCUUCUCUCUCACCCACCUCACAGACUCCGAUAUUGAACAAGGAGGAAGCAGUGAAGAUGGAGAGAAAGACUAAAGACUGAAAGGUCUAAGUAUUUUGGGCUUAAGGACAAAUUUUGUAAAUGUUGGAAAGACUUCAGACGCUUGUUUUGAAUGCUAUGAUCGCUCCUCAGGCAGCAUUGCCAUUUCUUUUUGGAGAUGGCGAAGAAGACGACAGUACAGUGAAACCAUUGGUGUCCAUAUCCUCUCCUUGUGUUCUCGUCCUACGGUUUCUUCAGUAAAUGAAACACGUUUGUUUUUCCGACCUCUAUAUGAUCUCUAUGAACCCAACAGUUCAGUGCAGUGUUUCUCAUCUGUACAGUUUGAAGGAACCUGUCUUGCUUCACAUGCUUUAGGUCUUCAAAGCGCUUCCUAAGUGUCCUGCUUCUCAUUUGUCUUUGAACAUGCAGAGGAAUUUCUGGUCUCUUUCUGUUGACAUUUAUCCCUGGACGACUCAGCUGUAAGGUGUCUCGUUCAGCAGAAGACUUUGCAUAGAACACUGAUCAGCCAGUGGGCUCAUAUACAGUCGUGCAAUUUGUAUCGUAUGGUACUCGCCUUUUACUUUAAAACACUGGAUUUUACUUCCUGGGUGUGAAAUCUGGUGUGAAAUGCUUAUUUGUUGUUAGGGACUAGCUUUAAAAUACAGCAACAUUCAUGUCAUUAUGCCUCUUUGCAAAUGUUUUUGCACACAGUGUUUUGGCAAUACACUUAGGAUAGACUCAUAAUAGGGAAGAACAGUUUAUUGCACCUAAGAAAAACAAGUCCUGUUGCAUGAAUAGGCUUUCCAUAAUAGGUUUAUAUAUAAACCAUAGAGAAGCCUAAUUCAAAAGGGUAAGGAGGUUAAAUGCAGAUCGCUGGGGGAUUCUUCUAGGCUUUUCCUGUUGUAAAGUGAAUACGUCACAGUGCCUGUAACAUCCCAUGUCCGUUCAUAUGUGAAGGCAAGAAGUUCAGCCCCAUUCCCCUGCAAAGCUCAUGAUUCAGUUGUCAUUUUUAUCAGCAGUGAGCAGUGUUUCACAUUGUUACUCUGAGAUGGGAUUCACUCCAUUGCAGAUUUACCAAAUUGUGCUGUGUGAGAUGUGGUUCAUGAGGUGGGAAAUUUUCUGAAGUAAAAAUGAAUCUGUUUGCGUAUUUAUAUUUAAUGAGGAAAUCAAAUUUUUUAUUGCUUCCAAAUGAACCGAAAUGAAUAAGGUUAUAGUAAGUCAUUGAGCAGCUGUGAUUUUUUUUUUUUUUUUUUUUUUUUUUUUCUUUUAUGUAUUUCCUAAUACUGUCAUGACAUCAUAUCUUGUCUUAUCACAUCUGGAUGUUCUUCCAUAUCGCCUUCACCUAGAAUGUAGUAUGAAUUGUCAUAGUGAUCAUGAACUGUGAUUCAUACAGUCCAUGAUCAGUUUGAGUGGUUGUUAGGGGGGCUAAAUGUUUUCAAGAUGUUAACACCACAUUCGUGAUGGGUGUUAAAAGCCUUUGUUCAGUUACGUAACUUAUUUCGUUAAUGCACCCCACUUUAAUUCUAAAGAGCAGCUUAUGAACAGACACUAAAAUUUCACCAUAGUUCCUUCAUUUUUGAUUAGGACCUUCAUAAUCAUUUCAGUAAGUCAGUCAUAACAUGAUAAGGAAUUUCCCUUUGAAAAUAAUGUAUGAAAAUGUGUGUAGUAUGUAUAUAUUUGAAAUGAUUUGAGUAAACUGAAGAAUCGACAGGAUAAGCUUUUUGAACAUUUUCAAACAUGGGAAUAAAAAAAAAGUUUUUUUGGUGGCUUCUUCACAGUCUUAAUUGUGGAAACUGAGGUUGGUGUUUACCUCCAGAUUGGGGUAAGUAAUCAGGUGCGUAGGUGAUAAUUCUUGUAAUUCAGUACAGUAAGCUGUGUUUAGGACCGUUCAUUAUUUGUAUUACCAGCACUCUUUUAGUUGAUCUUGACAUUUUAUUUAAGGAAACUCUUUGGUUUUAUUCUACAGUAUAUACAUUUGCUUAAUCUUGCACAUCUUGGGGAAAAAAAUGUAACUUAAUGUUGAACUGUACCGAUGUAUAUAAAUGUUAAAUUUUGUCUGUAAAUUGGGAAUGAUGCAAGUUCUAGGGGUAAGGUAUCAUUUUGUAAUUUAAAGCUAAAGCGUGACAUAUCACAGUUUAAAAAUGAUCAAAAAUGAAAACGGUUGAAGUAAAAUAACAGAAAAUGCAGGUCAUGUCCUUAUAACUUGUAAAUUUUAAAAAUGGUGAUAUUUUUACUUCAUAUUGAUGAUCAUGCUUAGUGUAAUUGAAUGAAUUGUUUAUAAUUACACUGUUUAUUAUUGAAAUAAAAGAAAAAUGACCUCUGUU